AUGACUUCACAUACUGAACUUAUUCAGCUGGCAAAAAAUAACCAAAUUGCCCAAUUGCGACAAUCGGCAGCUUAUUCGAAACAGCUAUCCAAUACCUUCUAUUCCCUCAUCAAGUCCAAUUCUACAAAUGGACCCAACACCUCAACUUUGAUAGAUAAAAUCACCACGAUCCAUCAGCUUAAUGACGAAAUCGAUAAGCAGUUGAACCAAGGCAUUGCUUCCAGUUUUGAUCAGUUGAUGCGAUCCAAGAAACGGCUUCAAAUUCUUAUUGAUGAUUGCAAUAUAGAUGUGCUUCAAUCGCGUUCAGAGUUGAUUGACCAGGAUUUGCGUAUUCUAGAACAGACUUUGAAGUUGGUGAAGAACCACCAAUAA